UCUUGGCUUCCUUCCUCUCCACCCACGACCAACGGCGGCCAGCUUUAGGCGUUCCCUUUCAGUCGCUCUUUUAUAAUGACGUUCGUUGUCCUCAGACAGCUACACUCUAUCAUCGGUGAAGCGUUGGACGACAUCGAACGUGUAUAUGCGGAGGCAAGUUCGUCGCCAGAUACGUCAGGGCCGCACUCGACUUCAACGUUACCCCCAUCGCCAUCGUCGCCAUCUUGUCAUUCAUCUAGAUCAAUGUUUGGAAAUAGCUACGCGUCACCCCCACCGUCGCCAUCGACCGCCUCACCUCCAACGAUAAAUAAUGUAGCUUCAAUCGACUUUCCUUCGCUCGACUCUCCGUAUGAUCCAGCGUCACCAUCGGAAACGCUCACAGCACAUCCAGAAGUAUUUUCCGCGAUCAACAGGAUCGUGGCUGCCUGUGGUCAAAUGAGCGCGACGGUGCAGCCUCCGUUUUUGACCUUAUGUGACGCUGUUAUGGGGGUAUGUUUUCUUGAUUCUGUUCUUAAUUGUCGAUGUGAGACUUUCGGCUACGACCUCUCUUUCACGCGUUGGCGUGCCAAAAUCUACUCCAUCAACACGACAGCUCGUUUUCAAUCCAUUUUUCGGAUCUGAUGAAAUCUAUAGUAUCAUUUACCGUCGUGCAUGCGCCUUUUUGAGGCAUCUCACACCCCCGAAAUUCUUAAGAAAGCGGGGCCAAAUGGAUUGCAUGUCAAAGCAAUUGCGGAGGAGAACGGGGUGGACGCGACCAAGCUCGCCCAUAUUCUACGGCUUUUAUGUACACAUCACUUCGUUCGUGAAGUGACACCGAACGUGUUUGCGAACAACCGUCUAUCUUCAAUGAUUGACAGUGGCAAGUCGAUCGAAGAACUAAGGGAGAGUCCUGAAAUUAAGUACGAGAAUUCGAACGGAAUAGCAGCCUUUGUCGGCCUAUGCACCGACGAGUUACAUAAAGCCUCUGCGUUCCUCACGGAAGCAUAUUUGCUUUCUCCCAAGGCGCAUCUUAACGGAAAAGAACCAACUCGAGCUCCAUUCAAUUAUGCAUUUGGAUGUGAAGGUGUGGAUUUCUUUGGUUGGCUGGAGGGUGAAGGAAUACAGGGCAAGCACGUGAAUGGCCGGGCUCGUUCAGAAUCGAUAAAACUACCUGGGAUGUUUUCAAGACCAUCUCAUGGGACAUCUGAUCAUCAACGAUCAAACGCAAUGGGAACCAGUGAUGUGCCCGCGGGGACGCAGUACACGGGUGGACAAGCUGAGAAUCCGAACCAGUUCAGAUUGGAGAGAUUUGGGAUUGCUAUGGCAGGUACAGACUCCUGGGAGGUACCUGGCGCUGCUCUCAAUGCCUUUGACUGGGAAUUGUUGCCCAGAGGUAGUCUGAUCGUCGACGUUGGUGGUGGAAUUGGUUCAACGAUGAUGUUACUCGCACACGCCUUCUCUCGACCUGGCGAUGAAGAUGCUAUGAACUUCAAGUUUAUCAUACAAGACCGACAAGUGGUCGUGGAUAUGGGCGAGAAGGCUUGGAGGGCAAAAUGUCCCGAAUAUUUAGAUCUCGAAAUUGCUGAAUUCAAAGUGCACGACUUCUUCACUCCGCAGCCUAUAAAAGAUCCCGCGGUGUUCUUCCUUCGUGUGGUUCUUCAUGACUGGCCGACUGAUUAUGCAAGACUCAUUCUACUUCGCCUUCGAGAUGCGGCUUCCCCUCGUACAAAGUUGCUCAUUGCUGACUUCAUUAUCCCCUUGGCGUGUACAGACGACUUUGGUUCUCGCUCUACCGAAGACGGUGACGGUAUCGAAGGAAUAAUGGGCGCGGAAAACUUAUUGGCACCAGCACCAUUGUUGCCUAACCUUGGUAAGGCUAGUGCCAAUGUAUACUGGAUGGAUUUAACAAUGCAAGUAACAUUCAACGGGCAAGAACGAACACUACGAGAGAUCGUGGCUUUAGCCCGGUCUGCUGGAUGGAAGGUGACUAGGGUAGUCAAAGCACAUGGUUCUCAUUUUGGGCACAUCACUGCCAUUCCUACGGACAUCCCGCUGCAGAAUCGGGUUUCAUCAAGUCUUCCGUCUGAUGGUCGCAAAGUAUCAAGUCAAACCUCCGGUACGCUCAAUAUUCCACGGGAAAUAUUGACGCGAUCUAUGUCAAGAUGUUGCACACCAACGUUUGGCUCGGGAAGAGUACUUCCAUCGCUUGAGGACGCGACGGUGAAGAAUCGAUUCGGUUUUGUUUAUACGAAAGUGUCGGGGAAGCGCAAUCCCAAUGUGGAGACUUUGAAGCCUGCACCGAAUGUUGCGACGGCACGAAAACCGCGGCCUUCUCCACUGUCCAUUCCGAAUUCUCCACCUUCAGCCCCUUUGCGAAUCAACACAUCUUCUCUGUCCCAAACACAGUCUGUGAUCAGGCGACGACCUUCCCAUGCUCAUAUGGCCCAACUAUACUCACAAUCUCAUCAAGGGUCAAUUUCUCUGGCGCCAGGGAUCUCAUCACGACAUCCACCACCUUCUCCUCUCUCACCAAGGCUUCCUGUGUCGCCGCUCAGUCGUCGGUCAUCCUUAGCCAACCUUUCUCUUGGCGCGGCGUCUCAGAAUCCACCUUCGUUGAUCCCGAUCAGGCAGCUAAACGAAACUUCAAACCCUACCGCACCUCCUCCGCCUUCCCCGACGGUUUCGCGCCACAAACUCACCCAUCGACAGUCCUUUGCUCAGCUCACUCCAGCUCGUAAGCGAUCUGAAAGCAUUGUUAACCAUUCUCCCAAACCUGAGCUCAGUUCUCUGGCACGUACCUUCCAUCAUCUUGGCGAUGCUGUGCAGAGGGAAACUAGGACCUACGCUACAAGGGUACUGGACUUCACUGAUACUCUUAGAAAGGAUGAGGCUACUCAACUAGAAGAGGAUUCUCGGAAAGCCGGCUGUUCUUUGUUGGCCGCUGCUGUUCAGAUAGAGAAAGGAUCCGUCGCCCGACGUGGAGAUUCCUAUUGACCGCUCGGUAUGCGUUUCAUUCAAAACCCUUGACUCCACAUGGGUCCUGAGAAGGACAACACUGGUCUGUAUGUUUUGUCUUCCGCGGGUCGAUUUUUCCGAUGUUGCUUCCCUUUUCUAUGUUCUGGUCGUUAUCUUUGCCAUCUUCGCUGUCCUGUAAAUGUUUUGCGGUGUGUCUUUCAGCUCUCAAUAAUUUAUUGCAUGUAUUCAUUAUGUACGAU